AGGGAAGUGAGCAACAGGGAAGCAUUUUAACGGAAUUCAAAACGGAUUCAAAAUUUAAAAAGAAAUGCGACAUGUACUUCCUCGAUAACGUUUACAGGCAUUAUUAAACAGCAAAAUUACCCAUUGCACCAACGAGUACGUGUUACCCCUAAUUACAGAUUUCCAUUUAAAAUUUGCAGUUGUUUACGACAGUGGCUUCAAUGACAUUUCCGUAAUAGUUAAGUACUUGUUACGUUUGUUGGACUCCGCAACAAAUAUAACGGAUUUAGAGAUGGAACAUUUUCCAGAUUGUCUUUUCUUGAUGGCUUUUAUACAGUUGUGCGUGAUUUGUUCCAUCUUUGCCACUCAGCUGUACCUGUUGACGGUGGUUGCCAGUAGACACGUCCACUCGGCACCGUGGAUUUCGGUGUCCGUGGCGGGAAUUCAUUACACCCUGUAUUAUGGAUAUAUUCUGUUUUGCCUGUUGAGAAAAGACCCUGCCAAAUGUACGGACUUUUAUAUCCCCAAUCUAUUAUGCACUGCAUGGACGUUAACUUUACUUUUUGUAGUCAACAGGGAGGAAUUUAAUAGUGUAAACAAUAUAAUUGCUGUAAUUUUUGUAAGUUUUUCAACCAUAUGUAUAGUUUUGAAAUACUAUAGUAUGGGUGAAUCUAACGGAAGACUUGAACAUUCUGGACUGUUUUGUCGAUCAGCACGAGAUAUGUUGCCGAUCUUUGCCCAGGAAUUCUUUACAUUGUAUCUCCCAUUAAUAGUUAUUGGGCUCGUUCAACGAAAUGAUGCUUGUCCAUCCUGUGACGAGAUCAGACAAUGGGAAAAGAUACAAUCAGGUCUCUUCAGACUAUAUUCGUGUGUGUUGUUGAUUUUAAGACCACUUCAGGUACAUUACAUGGCAACUCUGGACUACCGGUACUUUGACAUAAUUCUUAUCUAUGUCAAUCUUAUAGUAUUUGUUUAUGUUUAUGUAAAAAGUUUAAAAUUUACUUAUAUCUGCAAAGACAGGCAGUGCAAUGGUUAUUCGAGAGAUAUUCGGUAUAGUGAUUUCUUAAUUAUAGUGGAUACUUAAUUAUACAAAUUAGGU